UUCCGGCUUGUGGGGCCUUCUGCCCUCUGGCGUCAGAGUCCCCUGAGUGGGACUGGUUGAGGGAGGGCGUGUUUUGUUUUUCUCCCGUCGCUGGGGCUUCUGCGCCACAGAGACCGACCCAUGGAGCCGCCUGGUCAGUCGCGAGGUCCCGGAUCCUACGGUCGCAUGGACGGGAUGGUUGCAAAGCAGAAGGUAGAUCAUUCAUAUGAACUGACACCAGAAGAAUACAGAGUAAGCCGAGAAUGCAUUAGAGAGAGCUUCCUCUACAGAUGUUUGCCCUUCUCAAGUUUUGCCAUAAUGGUCACCCAUAUAUUAGUCCGUAGAGGAGUCCUUACAUCUCAUCCAAAGUUCGGCUCUAUACCCAAAAUGACAUUUGCAGGAAUCUGUGGAUGGUUUGCUGGCAAGAUAUCUUAUAUAAAUGUAUGCAAAGAGAAGUUUAUCAACCUAAAGGAUUCACCCCUGGGAGAAAUGUUGAAGAAUGAAUCACAAUCCAAAAGCCCGCGCUUUGCAACUUCAAAAGCGGCAGACUUUUCUGAGAAGGCUCAGGCCCCGGACACAGUGCCCACUGGCAGCAAACAGGUCUACAGACCAGUUCCAUUUAGCUCUGCCAUGAAUGAAUCUACUCCGACCGGAAUUACAGACAGCAUCGCUCGAGAACCUGAGCUUCUGGAACAAGUUCCUAAAAACAGAAGAAUCACGUAUGAAGAACUCAGAAACAGAAACAGAGAAGGACACGAGGCUGGGACAAUGCAGAAAUCUGAAGUUCGAACAAGCCCAUUUCCAAUGAAGGAGAGAGCUAAGCUAAAUAAGUAUGGAGAUGUUUGGGAAGAGUGAAAACCUUGAAUUUCCUGAAGACCCAUUCUUUGCUUCAUUAUUUCAGCUCAAUCACUGUUGCUCAAACAGCUGAAUGUUUUACUGCGAAACGGAUAUGUAAUACAUCUGCAAUAAAGAUACAUUUGUUUUCCA